UGUAGCAAAAAGAAAAAAAGAAAGAAAAAAAAAACACUCCAAUCUGGCGGCUCAUUUCACUUAUCAAGGGUAUUUCCGUUAUUUGGUGGAGCCAGCCCACCUUGAAAAAACCUUAGAUCUCGUCUCCUACUUUCCUUUCGCGCCAAAAGAUUCCCUAAUCUUAAACCCUAAUUAAUUCGCAGUGAGAUUUUAAGAGCUCGCAACAUUUCUAUACAAGGUUGGAGCUUACAUUUAUCAUCGAUCAGAUAAAGAAAUCUCAUUUUUGGAACUUGUAGAUUUUUGUGCGAUGAGACGUCAGACAGAUCCGGAGUAUUUUAGUAAGGUGGAUAAAACCAGAAGAGUUCUGUCUGGUAGUUUAGUACAAGAUGAAACCAAUAUUUUUCUACUAAACCAAUAGUUUAGUAGUUUAGAAAGGUUUUGAAAGAGUUCUGUCUAUACAACCAGAAGCUGAAAUUUCGUCUAGUCCAAAGGCUAGAGCUGGCAAUGCAAAAUGGAGAAUAAGAAAGGUGGGGUGAUCGCAACCCUUGCAACCAAGUCAAGAAUGUUUAGUAAUAGGACCCGAUAUCUCAUCAGAGGUGAUCAGAUUGAUAAGAAGAAAAAUCAAGAGCAAAAUGAUGUUGAUAUGAAUAAAGAUACAAUUGAGCUCUCUAUUGCAGCAUCAGAAGCACUGGUCAUAUCCGAAAUAGUAAAGGGGGACUCUGCUUCAUUUCCUGUUGCCUCUGUAGUUGAUAUUGCACUUCGUGUGAAGCAAGCAAGGAAUAGCGUUUGCUCAGAUGGGUUAGACAGCAUUUCUGAUUUCGUUGCCACGGAGGUCAGUGAAAGUGAAACUGAUUUGUUAUCCGACUUGGAUGAAGAUGAUAUGGCAGACGCUUUUGAUGAUGUAGGGUUGUCUGCUGCACAACUUGACACUAUGUGCUGCUCCAGUUCAGUUAAAAAGAACGAAUGCAACUCAGUGCAAAAUAUUUAUCUUGUACUUGAGACACCGCAUGUGGACAAUCAAUAUGGAUGUGAUGGUGAAACUCAGAAUGUUGAUGCUAAGCCUCAACUGUUUGAUUGUAAUGAUAUUUGCAGUGAAAAUAAGUUUGAAGAUGCUUUAGCGAUGGGUUCAAAUUUGUCGAAGUGUCCUGGUUAUGCACCACAACAUAUGCUUUGGACUGAUCCAUGUUUAGAUCUGAAUACUCAUUUUCAUCAGUUAAUCCACAAAAAUCGAAGUACUUUGGAAGAACCCAAGGAUGUUGCAGCUAUCGUGGAUGUGGACAUGAAUACUAUUAAAGCCGUACCAAAGUAUUUCAUUGGGGAGACUAGUUUUUUCUCGGAAUCUGCAGAUGUGAUUCAAGAUGAAAACUCAGUUGCAAUGCCAGGAUUUCUGUCUCAAAUGGCGUCCUUGCCAAGCGUUGCCUAUGAUGGUUUUUGUGGCACAAGCCGCACAACCAAUAGCGAGAGGAUAGAAGUUUCCCAAAAUAUCUGCUCAAGUAAUUCUUUGGCAGAUCCUCUUUGUUCCAUUGUGCCAUGCAGUAUUUCUUAUACUAAUACCGAUGUCAUCACUACCAAUCAGAAAAUUACGGAAAAUGGAGCUGGAGAGAACUGGUAUACCCAAUUAGGGUGGGAGAGGUCACUUCGAAGUACCAGAGGGUUACACUGCAGAUUUCCCCAUGGGGAAGAUGUGUUUCUCAAUACUAAUGGUGAAGGUUCUACGGUUACAUGUCUCAGACGGUUGAGCUCUCUGAAGAAUUAUAGCACUCUGGGGCUUUCUCUUGCUGCCAACUCCGAGGAAAUUGCUGAUUGCUUCAAACCAUCGCAUAUAAAGGAUUCGACCAAAAUUUUAUUCACAGAGGCCUCUGCUUGUGAAUACUAUUACAAGGAUCACGAUGGGCCAGCUAUUGCAGAACCAACUUUCUUAUGCCUGGAGUCUAAAGGUCAGAAAUUUUCAAAUAACACCGAAGUUGUGAAUGUAGAAAGUACUGCAAGAGCAGAACUGAUGGAAUUCAAAAUUUUGAAUGGUUGUGAAAACCUCGGCCGGGAGAAGAAGAAAGUUCGAUUUUCAGAAGCUGAAAUCAUUUUGGGGGAGAGCAAAUCUGCACACGAAAUGCGCUCAAGAAUAACCAGGACUCGCAAAAGAUCAAAAGGUUCUGGUCUCCAAUCAGACAUAAGAUGCGAAGAAGUAGAUACUUAUCUGAGUUCAUGGAAAAUCAAGGAUAAGACAAAAAUGAUUUUUCAGGGAUUAGAAUUCUUGCUGACAGGUUUUACAAGUCAGAGACAAACAAAACUUGGUCAGCUGAUUAGUAAACAUGGAGGUUUCGUUCUAUCUGAAGUUCCUUCACCUUCAAGAAAAAUGAAAGGAUCCAAGUGCAAACACCGGCCACUUCCUAUUGUGAUCAGUUCGAGAAAGUCACGAACAACUAAAUUCUUGUAUGGUUGUGCGAUCAAUGCCUUUUUGCUCAAAGUUAACUGGCUCACUGAUUCAGUGGCGUCAGGUUCAGUAUUACCACCACAAAAAUUGAUCAUUUCCCUUGGCAGAUACAUGAUUUUUUCCAAUCAAUACGGGUCUAAGUUCGCUAGCUUAGGAUGGCCAGUCUGUUGCAAUAAUAAGGCCGGGAUGUUUGACGGGGUAGGAAUAAUGCUCCACGGCAGACCCGGAUUUUGUAACAAAUUUGCUAAGGUUGUUAAGCAUGGAGGUGGUCAGUUGUUUAAAACUCUUCAGUGGUUGAUCCAAAGCUUAGAGACUGAAAGUAUUUCGCUGGGAGCCAUUGUUGCUGAAGAUGACAGUAGGACGUCACGUCACUUGAGAAAAUGUGCCUCUGAACGAAGGCUACAAAUGAUGCCAGUAAGCUGGAUAGUGAACAGCUUACAUUUGGGACGGCUACUUCCUAUCGAGGAGAAGCACCAGUUUUCUUCUCUUCCCAAAUUUAGGUCUCCAGAAUUAUUCUCAGCUACGGAACAGGGCUAGUCAUAAUAUUUUUCCUCUAUGCUACAGUCGAAGGAUAGAAGUAUGGUCUCACUUUAAAGAUAAACUAAAAUGAGGAUUCACAAUGCCAGAAGAUGUGUUCAAUGUUGCAAAGUUGGCAGCAUAUUCAAAACUUAAGGUGCAGUCGAAGUUCUGGUGUAUGACCCCUAUGGCAAAUUGGCAAUCGUUUGGUGCAUUCAAUGUGAAAUAAACUUCAGAGCUGAACAAGGAAACUAGUGUUGUUGCUGUUGUGAAUAACGCGAAGUACCAGAUAUUCAUGUGGUCGUCUUUAAAAACGUCUCUUUUGCUGAUAUUAUGGCCAAUUGGCCCGCUGUAUAUUAAAUCCUUCGUCAGACAAUAGUAUAUUUUUUCUUUGCCGAUCAAAUAAUAAGAAAAUCAAAG